AGCUCUAGUGUGCGCCGGCCUUUAGUGGCAUCGCCACUUGAGUUCAGAUACAGCCAGAUAAUUUCAACUGAUCGGUCUCAUAUUUGUGGCCGGUGACGAAGAGAAUUUAUUCAAAAGCACUUCACUCAUCAGAGAUAACCGACAAUAGUCAUCGGCGGCGAACGUCGGUAACAUUUGAGAACCAGACUUGAUUGCGGAACAGGAAAUGACUAAUACCAAGAAAAACAGGAAGACAAAUUAAAGUGAUCAUUCAAAGAGGUUCUACAGUACACCGUUGACAUGGGAGCAGCAACAACAGAAAACGAGUCUUCACCAACCACCAAAAUUUGUAUCCCAGAUAUCACUGUCAUAGACAACUCAGAUUACAAAUUCGUUCCAAAGAAACGAAAGAACCGGGCCAGAAAAGUAUCGAUAUUAAUAUGUGCGAUUACAGCUCUAUUAGUACUCGCGUUCUGUAUCGCUAAAGGAAAAGAAAUUGUGUACAAGCUUGAUGCGACACAGUGCAACACUAAUGCAACAAAUGAAUGCUAUAUCAGAGAAGAAAUCCAAUCGUUUCCAGCCUUGUUAUCAACAGCGUUGAGUUUAUUCGGCGUCGUUCUUGGUACACUGGUCGAUCGCUUAUCGCUUGCGGCUGAAGAAAGAUUUCAUGUGCAAGAGCGCUACGGCGGAAGUUAUAAGAAGAUGUUCAAAGCUUGCUUCAGUGGUAUCUCUUGGCUUCCAGUCAUCGCUUUAAUGCUCCUUGCCGCUGUAAUUGUUGUCAUUCUUAUCGCCUCAAAUCCUUCGUUUGAACUCAGGUACGUUGUGUAUGUUUUCAGUGGAGUCGGUGUGGGUCCACUAAUUAUGCACUUGCUAAAUCUAAACACACAAUCUGAGGUUCAUAUUUCCACGAUCCUCGAGAAAAGAGAGAUGUAUGUAGCCAAUGGACUGGCAUGGUCCUAUUAUUUUAACUACCUCAGCCAGGCACUUCCGAAUUUUACGCAAGCCAUAAACAACUAUCGUAGACAACUCUCCUUAAAAAAAUUGAUCUUGCUCAUACCUCAUGAUUGUAACAUGAGAGAUUUGAAUCAACUCGACCAAAAAAUUGAAAGAUUGCCUGACACUGGAAACGAUCAAGACCCUUUCCAUUUUCCAAUUUAUUGCCUGACAACCGAAGACAACAAUAAAAAGUAUUUCGCCAUACAAUACGUAAAGUAUCCUUUAAGAACUUUGAGAGAAAUGAGACUACUGGAAGACGUCCGUGCGGUAAAGAAAGAGACUUGUGAGAAGGAAGUAGAAUUGCUGUGUCGAACACUGUUUGAUAUUCUGGAGGACCCACCGAACCAAGCCUUUAAAGGAAUGUGCUUACUCGCUCCCAUUACAGCAAAACGUUUGGAGAAUUUAGAAAAUGGAGGACUUGUGAAGUGUAUCAUGAGGGUUGUUCAACAUUCGGGAAGUACGCAAGUUGAUGGUGCCCCUGGGUUUAUAGAAGCUAAGGAAAGUUGCUUGUCCAAGCAAUUCAAUGAGGCUAAAGACAGAAAGGAAAAGAAAGGCAAAGAAUUGAGAGAAUAUAAAGGUGAGACAUCCCAUCAAACAGAAAUGGAGGCUCUCAAAGCUGCUGAGAAUCAUCAUUCAUCCGAUACAUAUGAAUAUUCAUUGGAUGGAGAUCACUCAGAGCCAGUGACUCACAGGGCUACAGUCCACACUAUGGGUGUAAUGAAGAAAACAAGCAGCUCGUCCAACGUUGUCCAAGAUAAGGGUAAAAACAAGAAGGGGGAAGAAUUGAGAAGAAAAUAUAAAAGUGAAGCAUCCAAUCAAAUAGAGCUACAAGACCUUAAAACUUGCGAGGAUCACGAUUCAUCAGAAGAUGAUACAUACUAUACAUUGAAUGAAGGUGAAUCAGAGCCAGUGAGUCAAAGAGUUGGAGUUAUGGCGAACAGUGCAAACAACAGAAGCUAUAGUUCUGGAAUGGAUGAUACUGCAGGUGGAUGUGUAUUGGAGGCCAACGAAGAUAUGACAGGCAUAAAACAAGAGCAGUCAGUGCUAUAAAAAGGCUAGAUUUUAAAAUGAAUGGAAGCCAAAGAAAAAAACAUAGCAGGAAUUGACCAUAAAAUGCAUUAAAUACAAUAAAUACAUAACAAUAAUCAAAUCUAUACAUAGAAAGCACUAGUGUUAAAAGAACAAUCGUAAUUUUAUUAGGUUAUGCAAAAGCUGUGCACUGUGUUUAUUGUUUUGUAUCUCAAUGAACAUUUAAAACAAAUAUUUUAAACUUUUCUCAUCAUUUACAUCACCAGAAAGACUUUGUAUACUGUAGACUAAUAUUUGACCUUUGCAAGGCCAUAUUUUCCGCACUUUUUAACAUUAUAUUUCGCUGCUAAAAUUUUUAUUUCUACUAGUUCUAGUCCCGGACGUAUUCUCUUUCCAGAAAUAUACUAUUGCUGGAAAUGGGGAAAAUUUUCAAAGAGUAAGAGUAACACCCCCUGUCCAGAAAGAAGAGAAAAUUUUGAGUUUAAAGAACUCAAAUACCUCCAAAAAUGAAGGAAAGCAUUAUAAUGCUGCUAUAAUAUUCAAAUUAUACACUCACGGAAUACAUCCAGCCAUUUGAUCUUGCAUCAUCCACAAGUCCUUUCGUAGUUUGGCUGCUAAUUUGUGAUCCUUAAACACAACAAUAAUCAAAAUAGAAGUUAGUUACUUUAAACAUAUAUAAAUAUAACAUUUACAGUUUAUUUUGUGCACCUCCUGAGAUUAAUCAAUUAUUUGCACAUGGUUGAUGAGGGAACUAUCAUAAAGAAGAAAAUAGGUGGGCUGGGAAAACCAUAUAAAAUUACAUGGUCAUCUGCAUUUUUGGUGGCCUAUCCCUUGAGAAUUGUCCACCCUUUUCACUUUAUGACCUGUCCCUAAGGCGACUGACGGUUAUUAUACACGCUGUAUCAUAAUUAAGUACGUAACUUUAGGAAGAUCCAAUAGGCUCUUGAGCGCAAAAGAAUUCAGACUCCUCACUUCAUCAUCAAAAACUCAGAAUAUGACACAACUUAUAAUUUUAUACAUGAAAACUGUGAGUAAU